AGCAUCUGCAGUUCCCAUUAUCUCUGAUACCCUUUCCUCCCCUGUUGUUUCUAUCUUUCCUCUUACCCACUCCCUUUCUUUCUCAUGAUGUGGAGGUCCCAUUGUCUUCCCGGAGUGGACAAGAUCAGAAAUCACACAACACGGGGUUAUAGUCCAAGCCGUUUAUCUGAAAAUUUGCUUUUUCAAGUAAACCUGUCGGACUACAUCCUGAGUCAUGUGAUUUCUGACCUUUUUCAGUCUCACUGUUUCCUUUCCCCUUUAUCCCUGUUCUUUCUCUUGUCUACCUUCUUAACCUUCCCUCUGUCCCUUUUCUGUCUCCCUCUUCUUCCUCUAACACCCUUCCUCUUUACCUCUGUCCCCUCUCUCCAUAAGACAUAGGAGCAGAAGUAGGUAUUCAAUGAGAUAAUAAUUGAUCUUCAACCACUCCCACUGUUCUCUUUUCUUCACCUUCACCCUUUGUCGUCUCUACUUUUCUCUCUUUCACCUCUUUCUUUCGCUCUCCCUCUGUCCUCGCUUUCAACUUCGACCUCUCUCUGUCCUGUCUCCUCUUUACUCGUAUCUUUUUAUCUCCCUUUAUUCUCGCUCCCUUUCAUGGUCCUUUUCUUUACCUCUCUUUAUGUACCCUUAGCUCCUUCCCUCUGUCAGACUGAUUGCCAACUUUCUGCAGACGUGGCAGCAAUGUACUGAAUGAAUGAUUGCCCUCUCACUUUCCCCUAAACUUUUAUUUGGGAAAGUUCUUUUAGGGGCGGGGCAGAGGUGGGGACAGGGAUGUUACCACCAACUUACCAACUUUGAUUGGAGAGGGUGAGCUGUCAAUCAAGGGCACAGCGUGAGCCCGGAUUGGUCCAACAAUCGCUUUCAAUGUAGCGAGCCAGUUGCGACAACCGCAGACGCGACGGGAAGCGGCGACGGAAUAGGGACCGAGGGGGAUCCGAAGGAUGGGUCUGCUGCUGGGAGUACUCUGUAUCCUGCUGGGAUCCGUCUGGGUUUCAGCUUCCAGCCCCAAGCCCGUCUCCACAGAUAACUUGUUAGUGAUCACUGUGGCAACCAAGGAGACUGAAGGAUAUAAACGUUUCAUCCGGACUGCAAAACACUUUAACUACACCGUCAAGACCCUGGGACUGGGCCAAGAGUGGAAGGGAGGUGAUGUGGCUCGGACGGUGGGAGGUGGCCAGAAGGUGCGGUGGCUGCAAGAGGAAAUGGUGAAGCACGAAGCCAAGGAGGACCUGAUUGUGAUUUUUGUGGACAGUUAUGAUGUCAUCUUUGCUGGCUCUCCCCUGGAACUGCUGAAGAAGUUUGUACUAUUUAAUCACAAGGUGAUCUUUGCAGCAGAAGGAUUUAUCUGGCCGGACGAGUCCCUGGCGGAUAAGUAUCCACCAGUCCGUAGUGGGAAGCCAUACCUCAAUUCUGGAGGUUUUAUUGGUUAUGCUCCAGUCAUCAACAACGUUGUCCAGCAAUGGAAGUUCAAGGAUGAUGAUGAUGACCAACUUUUCUACACUAAGAUUUAUCUCAAUCCCAAACUGAGGGAGAAGUACAAGAUGGCUCUGGAUCACCAAUCAACAAUCUUCCAAAAUCUCAAUGGUGCUUUAGAUGAAAUUGUCGUGAAGUUUGAGAAAGGAAAAGCCAGAAUCCGCAACAUAGCCCAGGAUACGCUGCCAGUGAUCGUCCAUGGCAAUGGGCCUACCAAGCUGCAACUGAACUAUUUGGGGAAUUAUAUUCCGAAUGCCUGGAACCAUGAGACUGGAUGUGGAAUAUGUGAUGAGGACUUGUUAGACCUGACACAGCUACAGGAUGAAGAUUAUCCUCAGGUGCUGAUUGCAGUCUUCAUCCUGCAACCGACCCCGUUUCUCCCGGAAUUUCUGAAACGCCUUGCUGCCCUGGAAUACCCACUAGAACAGCGGACCCUCUUUAUCUACAACAAGGAGGUUUACCAUGAGAAACACAUCCAGACAUUCUGGGAGGAGCACCAGGAGGAUUUUUACAGCAUUAAAGUCGUUGGCCCAGAGGAGGAAAUGACGGAGGGUGAAGCCAGGGAUAUGGGGAUAGGAACCUUUGUAUUUCCCGUAUGGCACAUGUGUCGCCAGGACCCAGACUGUGACUAUUAUUUCAGCGUGGAUGCCGAUGUGGUCCUCAGUAAUCCAGAGACCCUGAAGAUCCUCAUUGAGCACAAUCGGUUUGUGAUCGCACCAAUGGUCAGUCGUGAUGGCAAGCUGUGGUCCAACUUCUGGGGUGCGGUAAAUGCUGACGGUUACUACAGCCGCUCAGAGGACUAUAUUGACAUUGUGCAGUUGAAGAGAGUUGGUAUCUGGAAUGUUCCGUAUAUCACGCAGGUUUACCUGAUCAAAGGGGAGAUUCUGCGUAAUGAAUUGAGACAGAAGAAUGUAUUUACGCAAGUUGAACUAGAUCCUGAUAUGAUCUUCUGCAAGAAUCUCCGGGCAAAGGGAAUCUUCAUGUUUGUGACGAAUCUCGAUGACUUCGGUCAUCUCUUGUCACUCUCCAAUUAUAACACUAGCCAUCUUCACAAUGACCUGUGGCAAAUCUUCAGCAAUCCAGAGGAUUGGAAAGAGAAAUAUAUUCAUGAGAAUUACUCCCGAAUUUUCAGUGAAAAUCUCGUGCAACAGCCGUGCCCUGAUGUCUACUGGUUCCCUAUUCUCUCUGAGCGAGCCUGUGAUGAGCUGGUACAAGAACUGGAGCAUUAUGGCCAGUGGUCUGGAGGAAAGCACGAGGAUUUGCGGCUCAGCGGAGGUUACGAGAAUGUCCCAACCGUUGACAUUCACAUGAAGCAGGUUGGCUUUGAGAGGGAGUGGCUGAAAUUCCUGAGGAAAUACAUUGCCCCAGUGACAGAAAAAUUAUAUCCUGGUUAUUACACCAAGGCCGAGGCAGUGAUGAAUUUCAUGGUCCGUUACCGUCCGGAUGAGCAGCCAUCGCUCCGACCUCACCACGAUUCGUCAACGUUCACCAUCAACAUCGCCCUCAACACCAAGGGGGUUGACUAUGAGGGUGGAGGCUGCAGGUUCCUGAGGUACAACUGCUCGAUCGAGGCUCCCCGGAAGGGAUGGUCCCUCAUGCACCCUGGCCGACUCACCCACUUCCACGAGGGCCUGCCGACCACCCGGGGGACUCGCUACAUCAUGGUUUCCUUUGUGGAUCCUUGACGGGGUUGGAGGGGCGGGGAGGCAGGGGCGAGUGGUCGGACUGGCAAAGUCUGAUGGCCUGGACUUGGACCUACCAGUUUAACCCAGAGGCCUUUGCCGAGCCACUCCUCAAUGUGAUUGCACCUCAUUUGACAAUCUGAGCAACUUAAUCAGAACCUGCUGACCAAUGGCCACCCCCUCCACCCCCUCAAAAAAUGCUGCUCAAGCUAUCAAUCAAACCACCACGUUCCUCACCAGCCUUCUCUGUGGGAUCUGUUGCCCUUUCCCUGCAGGGCCCUUGUGAUGUCUUCACUGUAGAUUGAUUGAAGAAAUCAUUUCACAUGUUGUGCUCCGAGGUCGAAGUUGUUGAUUGCCAACAGGACGCACGGGAGAGCGUGGACCAUAGACAUGGAGCCAUUAAUGACCCUGUGUUGUAGCUGUCUCAUCUUUUGUGCCAAUUGGAAAGUGGAGCAGAAUGCUAUUUCACACCCCCAUCCCACCCUGUCCUUCUCCAUCAAAUCAUUAAGAUUAUGGCUGAUCUGCUACCUCAACUCCAAUUCCUGCCAGAUCCCUUGUUUCCCUUAGUGACUUAAAAAAAAGUUAUUGAUCUCUGCCUUGAACGUACUCAAGCAUCCACAAGCUUUCUAGGGUGGAGAAUUCCAAAGAUUCCCCGACCUUCAACUGAAGGAAUUCCUCCUCAUCUCGGUCUGAACUGGCCUUACCCUUAUUUUGAUACUGUGCUUCUCCAUUCUAGGCUUCCACUGCCAUCUCCCCUACCUAGAGAAAUAUGUCUCCAAAUUGAGCCUAUCAAACUCUUUUAGAAUUGUACAUACUUUGCAAUGAGAUUACCUCUCAUUCUUCUAAAGUCCCACAGCUGUCGGCUGCUCUUCUAAAAUUCUUUCAUGAGAUUUGGAUGUUGUAGACUUUUACAAAAUCAGAGACUAGAUUUCAAUUUAAAGGAAUUUUAAAAGAUUGAAUUCAUGUUGGCAGGACUUGAAUCUGUGCCCCCUUCCCACCCUGAGCAUAACCUGGAUCCUUGGCUUACGGGUUUAGUUAAUUUAUGCCAUUGUUUCCCCCUCUUCUAUCCCAUGUGCUGUAAUACUACCUUACCUCCAUUAUCAAAUGACCAUGCUAUUGGCCAAACUUAGCUGAUCAGCUUGAGUUUUCCAUUUUGUUGAUUUCAUUGAUUGCAAAAAAAUGAUUUUCUCUUGUUAGGGUUUGGGGAGUGUGGGGUAUGGAGGGUUUGGACAGUUUAGGGUGGGGGGCAUGACCUUCCAGUUCAAGCCAGGCCUUUCAGUGACAUUUUCAAGAAGCUCAUCUUCACACAGAGGAUUGGAGUUCUGCAACUCUGUUUCUCCUGCACCCCCCCCCCCCCGACUCCUGCUGUCCACGCACACACAUGCGCUAAAAACCGUCUGACCCCACCCACCCUCAUCCCAUCCACCAACCAUACCCCCCACCCCACCCCCCGCCACCACAAAACCUUGAUAAUUUCAAAUGUGACAUUGAUACAUUUUGGUUGGGCACGUGUAACGGAUGAAGGUGUGUGGAAGCUGUUAACACAGCGAUCAACCACUAUCUAAUUGAAUGAUGCACCAUGCUUGAGGGGCUAAAUGAUCCUGUCCUUCUCCUCAGUUUGUCCCUGAUUUUCCCAGUGGUUUUCCAGCAAUCACAACAUCUGUCAGUCUAGGAUCAUUAACGCCCUGGUUACCACUUGGUUGACAGAAUGUCUGAAAAUACCAGGUGUUGUAGACUUUAGGGGCCCUGUUGUAACACAGUAGUCAUGUUCCUACCCGUGGACCAAGAGGCCCGGGUUUGAGUCCCACUUGUUCCAGAGGUGUCUAAAAGCAUCCCUGAACAGGUUGAUUCAGGGAAAAAAAGUAGGUUGAGCGUACUAAAAAAAAAACAAGGGAGCAGAUGUUUUGUCCCACUGCACCUGCUCCUGUACCAAACAGAAAAGGAACAGGAUGGGUCUCAGGAGUGACGGUUAUGGUAAGAUUUGAGGGCAGAGAAGCCACAGUUGAUGGGAAUGUGGGGCCAGUGAAGAAUAAGCCCUUGCUGUUCAGUCUGAUGUGUUUUUUGCAAGUACCAUCCAGGACAAAGCAGCUCUACUUCAUUGUUCCCCAUCUACAACCUUCCAACAUUUACACCCUCCACCACUGGCUCAGUGGAGGCACUGUGUACCAGCUACAAGUGAGUUAUGUGAACUCCUGAAGGCUUCUCUGAUAGCAACUUCGAAUUUACGACCUCCACCAUUGAGGAUAAAAGCAGCAGAUAGGUGGGAGCUUCACUACCUGCAAGUUCCCCUCAACGAUUCACCAUGCCUUUAAUGUUGCUGGGAAAAAUCCUGGAACUCUCUCCCUAACAGCACUGUGAGUGUCCCUAUACAAUAAGGACUACAAUGGUUCAAGAAGGCAGUUCACCACCACCUUAUCCAGGGUACUUAAGGAUGAGCAAUAAAUGCUAGCCCAACCAGCAAAGCUCACAUUCUCAGGAAUGAAUUUAUACACAAACAUUAUGAUUCCACACUUUCUGUUCCACAAGUUUGAUAAGUGCUGCAAUCAUAAGAAUGAUUUAGAGAGUUCAUUUUAAGAUUUGAUAUACUAUGUUUCAUUUAAAUUAUAUAUGUGAGGGUGGUCAAUCCAGCCAAGAGAAGGUGAGUGCCUACUGGAUGUGCCUGGUUUUAAAAGCUGAACACUAAAGGCCUAAUCUUAUUUAUUGCAAGCUCCUCUCUCCUCUUCUUUGUUCUUUUUCUCUCUGAAAAUUCUGAGGACUGUUUUCUUUUCCUGAGGUGUCUUUGCUCCAAAUUACCCUCCCUCCCUACCAGUGCUGUUCCCCCAUUUCCUACAUUUUUUUGGUCAAAUAUUGCUUUCAUUGUGAAUCAUUAAAGGAAGCCAGAGGAUCGAAAAGCCAAAGGCCAUUGGAAUUCUUGGAUAGAGUGAGGAAACUCGAGAGAGGGCUUCUGAAGCCCAUGCAUCUGCCCUUGCCUCUUCUCCACACCCCACUUCUCUGCAACACUCCCAGUCUAUCAUGGAAGUCACCUGAUCAAGGCAAAGCCAUAUCCCAAGACGAUUUUGACACUGCAAGUGAGAGUAAGCGAAGUGUUCAACUUGGAUGGGAAAGUUCAAGCCUAUGUGAGAAGGCCUGGUUGGUUGUCACCUCAAGGGUUCCUUGAGUCCAAGAGGGGCUCUAUCUAACUAGUAACUCCAUGCUCAGAAAUUGAAGGAGAGAUGAUGAUCAUUUGACUGGGAAGCUGUACCAAAUUCAGAUCAUUAAUUCUGUUCACUGGCCUAAACUGUUGCCACGUAGAUAGGCCAAAUCUUGGACACCAACUUUAGGAGAGGUCACUGCACUGAAGUGGGGGCUUCUUUGAACGUAGAGUGGCUACAUCAUAUCCCUCACCACCACCCUCAACCCUAUCCCUGAUUGAUGCCUUUUCCACAUGGCCUACCCCAGCCACACUUCCCAUGAGCAUUACUAACCUCCAGCAUACAGAGCUACUGAUAGGGGUUAAAAAGACAAAUGUGAACCUUUGGAAGAUGUGGAGGUUACAGGAGUGACUGAGGGUGUCUUAUACACCCAGAAGUGUAUUUUUUGUAAAUUUUACAUGUAUUUUUUAAAUGUUAUGGAAAAGAUGCCUUAUAUUAUAUGCUUUUUAUUCUC